AUGUCUUCAGAACGAUCAAUACCACAUCUUCGAGAUAUUUUUGGGAUAUCUAAUUACUCACCUUUUAGUGGAAGUUCUCAAAAGCCAGCAGACCCUUAUCAUGGCAAUCUUUCAGGGGCCAAUGAAAGUAGUUCUAACAAGAAGCAGUCAAAAAAACGGCGAGAUAAAAAUGCAUCAAAUGGAACGGGAGACGUUAAAACUCUUGAGAGACACUUGAGUAUGAAAAAAACCAUUAGGAAGAAAAUUAUGCGGGAUUUACAACAAGCCUUUGUAGAUGAUCCUAGUGAGUUUAAAGUAGACAAUCCCACAGCGGAUCAACUAAAGGCUGAAUUGAAUGAAGAAGCCUUGAGAUUUGGAGACAAUCGUCGAAUGAGGAAAUCCGACAAUUUUCUAGACAUGCUUCGGGGAGAUCACCAGAAGACUUACGACUAUCAAGAUGUUGACCAUCAUAGUCAAAAGCGUGGUGGAAAUAAUUGUGAUUAUGGAGGAAAUGAAAAACCAAGUUUUUGGAGUCGUAUUGGAAUGAGAAAGGGCAACAAAAGAUAAAGCAUAUCGCUGCUUUAUGUGAAUAUAAUUCCAAUAGAAUUUGUCAUAAGGCUCAUGAUAAUAAUAAUAAAUUAAGAAAUUCUACUGAUUUGUGUAAUAAUAUAGAGCAUUCACUAACUUUACCAGUGAAUACUCAAGUGAAUGAACGACUAGAAUUUAAUAAAUAUUGUGGAAAAUGUUCCCGUUAAAUACUAUAAAU